AUGCUGUUAUUAAUAGUACUAAUUCAGGAGUUUCGUGCAUUCGCUACUUUGUCACCGUCUACUGAAUUAAAAUCGAACUAUUCUACAGCCACUAUUACAUGGCCGCCUGUUGAAUUAACAUUGGGCUUUCUCGGGCCCAUUAACACUGACAAUCCAGACAGCCGAAUAGCUGGUCAACCAGCACUGUUCGCAUUUAAAUUGGCCAUUAAAGAAAUUAAUAACCGUCCUGAUCUUCUACCAAAUACUAGAUUAACCUAUGUGUAUAACGAUACAAACUCAGAUGUUGGCCAGGGAAUACUUGCUACACUUGAUCAGAUUACAAGACUCAGUGUGAUUGGGAUUGUUGGUGAAUUUGAUUCAUUAGUAACGCAGUUUUCGAUGUUGACAGCGAAUGUAUUGCCUAUUUGCGCCCAUACUGAGUUUCUGAAUGGAUCUUCGGAAACUCGACCGCUAGAGAUCCAUCACGAAACAGCAAAUCAAGAGACUCUGAUAUUGCCACUUUAUGGAGAAAUAGUACAAGACUAUACAGAAUGGACUCAAGGCUUUCUUGGAUUACAACAUUUUGUCGAUGAAAACUCAGAGGUGUACACACAAUAUAAAAAUCACUGGUAUUCGGUCCUGAACGGCGGAAAUACACCCAUCAUUAAACCAAAAGACCAAACGUCAUCAAUUCCACUUAUUGCUAAUUUUGCCUAUGAUGCGUGUUUCACAUUUGCUUAUGCUCUUCAUAAGAUGAUUGAGGAAGUUGGGCGAGAUCCGAUGCUGAAUUGUGAACUGUAUAUGGAAGUGUUAAAAAAUGUCACAUUUCAAGGCGUGACCGGAAUUGUCUCGUUUCUUGAAUACGGUGAGCGCUUGAUCCCAUUUGACAUUCUUAAUUUUGUAAAUGGUUCAUUGGUUAAAGUCGGCUCAAUGACGGCUGAAGCAUUGUCAAUCAUUCCGCGUUCAUUAGAAGCGUACUUCAAAGUAUCUUCUUGCAGCACAUGUGUGCUGGAUCUUUGGUUCACGAAUAUUGGCUACACACUAAUCAUUGGUACAUUACUGGACUCAAUUGAAACGAAUUUAACGCGUUUUGAACGUAAAUUGUCACUGUGUGUCGCGUUUUGUGUUCUACACUUGUAG